AUAAGGUAUUAUGACUGGUCAUAACAACAGGAUAAAAGAGGUUCCGUGGUGCGGACAGGGUGGGAAGACGGUAGCAGGAAUCACUGCUCUGUUGAUGACCUCCUGCUGAGAGAGCCAUCAGACUCAACUCUAUCUUUGGGGAUGCUGUAUUAAACAUUAACAGAACCAACCUGCUCAGAAGGCUCCUGUUGCAGACAGCUUGCUUUUCCCUUGCCUCUGGUGAAGGCCUUGUGGAUUGCAGCAUGGGAAGAUUGAGCAGGAAGAAGGCUGAGGAUCCCAGGAGGAAGUCUCUCUUAGUUCUUGCCGUUGUCCUGCUGCUCAGCUCAGCAUGUGCAGGGCAUGAGACCUAUGUCCCAGCACAGCCCUGCUCUGACUUUCAGACUGCAAGCUUCUUAGAGGGCAGGAAACUUAAAGUCCAGUUUCUUCUGUUCACCUCCUCAAACCCCAGCUGUGGGCAGCUGAUAUCACUUGGCGAUGACAUCAAGAACUCCAACUUCAAUACUAGCCUGGACACCAAAAUAAUAAUCCAUGGCUUCAGAGCACUUGGCACAAAGCCCUCCUGGAUCAAUGGACUCAUUGGUGCAUUAUUCCGAGCUGCCAAGGUGAAUGUGGUCGCAGUUGACUGGGUUUAUGGAGCUACAAGAAACUACCCUGGUGCUGUGGAAAAUGUCAUGGAGCUGAGCAUAGAGAUCUCUCGUUUCAUCAGCAAGAUGCUGGUACUUGGAGUGUCAGGGACAUCUGUGCACUUCAUUGGAGUGAGCCUUGGAGCACAUGUUGCAGGUCUGGUGGGGCAGUUCCAUGGAGGCCAGCUGGGAAGGAUUACAGGACUGGAUCCUGCGGGGCCCAAGUACACAAAAGCCAGCCGUGAGGAGCGCCUGGAUCCUGGAGAUGCUCUCUUUGUGGAAGCCAUUCACACUGAUACAGACAAUUUUGGUAUCCGGAUUCCUGUAGGCCAUAUUGAUUAUUUCAUUAAUGGAGGCAAAGACCAACCUGGAUGCCCCCGGUUCAUCUCCUCAGGGUAUAACUAUCUGAUCUGUGAUCAUAUGAGGGCAGUACAUCUCUAUAUUAGUGCCCUGGAGAAUUCCUGUCCUAUGAUGGCAUUUCCAUGCUCAAGUCAUGAAAAUUUCCUUGCUGGCCACUGCCUGGAAUGUUUCAAUCCUUUCCUGCUCUCCUGUCCCAGAAUAGGGCUGUUGGAGCGCGGUGGAGUCAGCGUGGCAAAGCUCCCUGAGGAGGUGAAGGUUUACUUGGUGACCGCCUCCUCAGCCCCAUACUGCAUGUACCACAGCCUGGUGGAGUUUCACUUGCAGCAGACGAGAAGCUUGGUCACCAACCUUGAGAUCACCUUCCGCAGCAGCAACUCUACAGCCAGCGUGAAGAUCACCAUACCUAAGCAGCAGCAGCUGGGCAAAGGGGUGCUAGCUCAUCCAGUCCCACUGUGCCAGAUAGAGGUGGUGAUGCUGAAGUAUCUCCCCAAGUUGCAGAUCUGGAAGAAGGACAAGGCCGUCAUCGUUGGCAAAUUCUGUACAACCGCACUGCCUGUCGGUAAUCGUGAGAAGAUAUUUUGCCUGUCUCAGCAUCUGUCCCUGACAGCAAGCAGGUCCCUUGAACAUGACCUGGUGGUGCCCUGUGCAUAGGAAAGUCCCCUGGAGCGUGCAUCAUGCACAGGCACAAUAAUGGGCUCCAACAUUUACUUCCUCCCUCUGGACGAUACUUCCUCCAAAUAGGACAGAACCAGUUGGAUUUUUCAUCAACCCACCUUGGGGACAGAAUGAAUAACAGCUCUGGGAAGAGAAAUGCUCUGCUGAAAGGAAAGACUAUGGUCAAAUAGAGCAGCUGAUUGGCAGUUAGGACUUGUGGCCUCUAUUCCCAGCUCUACAAAUGCGCCAUUGUGAGACCUUGGACAAAUCACUUAAUCUUGGUUUCCCCCUCUGUCAAAAGGGGCUGAUAAUGCUCAUCUCUCAGGAGGAUUGUGACAGUUGGUUAAUUCCUUAAUGUUUCUAAAGUGCUUUGAGAUCUUCC